AUGGGUGUCGGCUCCCUACAUCCCUGGAUCAACAAGUACAAUUCUUGGAUGUUCUACUCGACACAUGAACACAUCAUGGCUCUACCAAGAAUUGAUCAUUCAUCAUCUCAUCCAGGUGUCUACCUGAUCUGCUUCACACAAACCAAUGAUCAACAGCUUCAGAUGCCAGAUGACCAUCUGCUCUCUACCACUAAUCAGGACUAUGAGAUUUUCAAUGGGCUAUACGCUGGAUCAAUCCAAAAGUUCGAUUUGGUUCUGGCUCAAGUCCAAGUCCAAAGUCCUCUAUCACCCAGCAAGCAGUUAGUGAAGAGCGAGGCAUUGUUGUCGCUGUGUCGGCCUAAUCCCAUACCUGCCUCCCGAUCCGACCAAGAAGAGUUCUUUUGCGAAGACUGUCAAGGCUAUGAGUUCGAGCAGUCGGGUGACCCUGCUGAUGUGCAUGGAGACAAACCUAUUCCUGAAUGGGUCGAGGAGCGCCGGAAGACGCAACCCUUGAUCUACUUCGGAUCUCUAUUACGACUUCCGUCAGGACCUAACAUGCCAGUUCUGGGUACAUACUCGUCUGAUGUAUAUGAACCCUCCAACUCUCAGGGUAAUAGCUCCGUCCGCGAGGAUGAGGAGAUGGCGUGCGCUGCGGUCGCAAUUCGUGACCUUGUUACUGGACUGGAGUCAUUGAUACAGCAGAUGGAAAGUACCGUGGUGAGCGCCUGGUGCCAAUGGACGGGUCAUGGAGCGCCCAGAAGAUCCAGCACGUAUUGA